AUGCAUCCAGAAUCACAAGCACAGCCGCAUGGCUGGGCCUCUCUUGAGGAGAGGUAUGAGGUGAUGAAGGAGAUUGGUGACGGCAGCUUCGGAAGCGUCGCGCUUGCACGCGUUCGAACUGCGGGAUCCCACAUUGCCCGUCGUGGUACUCUGGUCGCGAUCAAGACCAUGAAGAAGACAUUCGACUCGUUUUCGAGCUGUCUUGAGUUGCGAGAAGUUAUCUUCCUACGAUCGCUACCACCACAUCCUCAUUUGGUACCGGCUCUAGACAUCUUCCUUGACCCUUACAGCCGAAGGCUUCACAUCGCCAUGGAGUUCAUGGACGGCAAUCUGUAUCAACUCAUGAAGGCACGGGACCACAAGCCAAUGGAUGCGCACAGCGUGAAGAGCAUUCUCUUUCAGAUAAUGUCCGGACUUGAACACAUUCACGACCGGGAGUUCUUUCACCGCGACAUCAAGCCGGAGAACAUCCUCGUCUCAACAUCGCAACAGAACGAUACGUCGCACCCGUUCCGUCGGUACUCAGCAAUGAUGACUCCCCCCUCAACACCUCCAGCCUACACGAUCAAGAUCGCCGACUUUGGUCUAGCGAGGGAAACACACUCCAAGCUGCCAUAUACAACCUACGUUUCAACCCGGUGGUACCGUGCGCCCGAAGUGCUCCUCCGUGCUGGUCAAUACUCAGCGCCCGUCGAUAUCUGGGCAGUAGGUGCCAUGGCCGUCGAGAUCGCAACCCUGAAGCCGCUUUUCCCUGGUGGAAACGAGGUUGACCAAGUCUGGAGAGUAUGCGAGAUCAUGGGCAGCCCUGGCGGUUGGGUUAACAAGCACGGCCAGCGCGUCGGUGGUGGAGAGUGGAAAGAGGGUGUCAGGUUGGCGCAGAAGCUGGGCUUCUCGUUCCCCAAGAUGGCCCCGCACUCAAUAGACACCAUCUUGCCAUCACCACAAUGGCCUGCUAGCUUGGCACAAUUCGUUACUUGGUGUUUGCUAUGGGACCCUCGCGCGAGGCCCACUUCUCGACAAGCCCUGGAUCACGAGUACUUCCAAGAUGCUGUCGACCCCCUACGACUGAAAUCGUCAUCAUCUCGAUUGUUGGGUCGCAAAGGAUCCGAAAUCUCCGGCAAGGACUCUCCAGAUGCAUCGCCCAGACUCACCUCCAAGACCUCUUCAUGGCUUCGACGAUCGCUGGUCGCUCGUGAGAGUGCCCCCGCAGUCCCACAACACACCACACAGCAGCCUUUGUCACCUCGACCAUCUCCAGCUCACACGAAUUCCGAUGUGAGUGGGUCAACUAAGCAGCGCCCUGCUGCUACCAAGCGAGCUACGUGGACAAAUGGGGCUUCCAACAAUGGCGCGCCUAUCCCCAUUCUGCCUUCCAUCAAGCCAAUCUCACCACUUUCGGCCGAAGUCACUGCACAGGCGACUGCCGCAAGCAAGGUCAGCCGACAGCUCUCUGUCAAUUCACACGGCAACCACUAUGCAGAUGUACACCGCCAAGAGGCAGAAAGAGCUCUGAACGGACAGUCCGAAGUCACUUCUCCUGUCAACGGACAGAAAGAAGGUUUCUUCUCGCACCUGCGGAAGCGUGCUCGGCGCCUCUCAGGCCGUUACCAGACCCCCAUGUCGCCGAAUUCAGACGACAUCGAGGCCAACGCUGGGUGCGCUCCAUGGGCGGCCACUAGCGCCAGGCAAUCCUUGGUUAUGGAUCAAUCACAAGGCGCCCAAUCAACUUCCACAUCCGACUUCUCUGAGUUGGACAAGGCCCUGCAACAUGUGAGGGACAGUGUCGAGGCGCACUCCCAGCAGACUGCCUCAACAAAGAGCUCGCGCGUUGCAACCAACCCCAUGCUCAAACGCCAUCACUCCGUACCUCACGGCCCCGAGCCCCGGAACUCCGAGAACGGACCCAAUGCUCCAAUCUCCUCCAGGACACGACGAGCGCUACAAAACAAGUCUAACCCAUCAAAUCGGUACGAGACCCCCAACGAAGAAGAGGAACUGCUCAGCGAGGUUCUUGCAUCCGCAACCAAGGCUGCAAAGAAGUUGGACAACCCAAAGCCGCAAGGACCCCGCGGCCCUGCUGCAUCCUACUUGACUCCAUCACCAUCACAGAACCGCAACAGCGUGGGUUUCGGGCAGUCGGAGUACAUGACACCCAGUAAGCCUAUGGACAUCUCCCAACAUCAGAGCAAGAACCAGCAAUCCGUUUCCAAGUGGCCCACUCCACCCGAUGAUGGUUCAGACUGGGCUUCAAGUGUGGCUGCCAGCCUCAUGGCAGCUCAAACCCGACACCGAUGA